CAGAAAGAAACACAGUAGUAAGAUCCGUAUGGAUUAUAAUAAGUUGAGAGUCUACAAAGCGGAAAACUUUUAGCUUCAAAUCUGCCUCUAGUGGAAGAACAAUCUUUUGUUUCCAGUCGUUUUGUUCUUUCUUCGCCAGAUAUUUAGCCUGCACUCUUUGAUCAAAUGAUCAUGACCAUCAUAAUUUUCAUCAUCCCAUCAGUGGUUGAGAGGUGGAUAUAUUCCUUAUCAUGCUUAAUUAAUAUGUGGCUCUACUGCACAGCUGCAGUUGUCGACACCAUGGGGCUCGUAAUGAAAAGCUGGCAUGGCCUGUAACUAGAUUUCCCAACAUAGUCAUGCCCUGCACGUUUAGGUUGGAGCCCACAUUCACGCAUAUAUAUAUAACCUUAAAAGAAGAACGAAGAGAGAAAAUAAUGAGAACUUGGGAUUUAAGGCAGGCUCAGCAACGACUCAACUGCAACCCCCCACCCCCCUCUUCUCUUCUUCUACAUCCUCCUUGGCCUUUGAUCCUUGGCAUCCAUCUGGGAUCAUGGGCAGAUCAGUUAGCAGAAGGCUCACAAGUUUCUGCCUCAACCGGGCUGCCGUUGCGACUCGUGUCAUCACCCGUUCCCCAAGGGCCAGGUCAAAGACUCUAUCAGCCAUGGUGGAGGCUGGCCCCAAGUCUUCAACGGAUGCAGAGACGAAUUCGAGCACUGGAGCUAAACUAGGGACCGUGCUCAGUAGGAGAAUCAUGGUUCUAGUAGACUCAAAACCAGAAGCAAAGGGAGCUUUGCAAUGGGCACUCUCUCAUGCGGUUCAGAGCCAUGACACAGUAGUUCUUCUUGACGUCGUGAAGCUGAAACAUGGUAAUCAAUCUCAGAAUGAAUUGAAUCCUAGGCGUCAUGAACUGCUCUAUGCUAUGAAAAAUAUCUGUCAAGCUAGGAGACCAGAGGUUAAAGUUGAGCUCUCUUUAGCGGAAGGCAAGGAGCGAGGGCCAACCAUCGUGGAGGAGGCCAGGAAACAAGAGGUUUCCCUUCUAGUCCUGGGGCAAAGGAAGCGUUCGGCGACAUGGCGACUGGUGAUGAUGUGGGCCGGAAAUAGGGUAAGAGGAGGAGGGGUGGUGGAUUAUUGCAUCCAGAACGCUUCUUGCAUGGCUCUGGCUGUCAGGAGGAAGAGUAGAAGGGCUGGCGGGGGAUAUCUAAUUACAAGUAGGCGCCACAAAGAUUUCUGGCUUCUAGCUUAAAGGGAUUAAUUGUUUGCUUCUGUUGUUCGAGCUGGGAAUGUGGUGUUUACUCAUGGUUAGAGAAGGCCAUGGAAGAUUGUGAGGGAACACAUUCAAAGAGUUUUGAAUGGAUAAAUACAUGAUUUUUUAUUGAACUGAAACUCUCUAUAAAAGCUACUUAAAUAGAAUUUUUUAACAACUUGAUAGUUAAUAAUUAAACUCACUCAGCCCACUUCCAAGUCGUUGCACACACGCAGCCCACUUCAUAAUUUUGCUGACAAAUUGCCCAACUAACAAGGACACAUACUAGAUAACUCCUAAAGACUCUCAACUACUUGACUCCAUGAUCUCACAACCAGUGGAACAAAAAAAAAAAAAAA